AUGUAUGGCGAGUAUGUGAAAAACUUUGACAGAGCAAUGGAGCUUGUGAACACAUGGACAGAGCGCUCAUCCCAGUUCAAGAGCAUCAUCCAGGAGGUGCAGAAGGAGGAGGCCUGCGGUAACCUGACAUUACAGCACCACAUGCUGGAGCCUGUCCAGCGAAUCCCUCGUUAUGAAUGCUUCUGAAGGAUUAUCUCCAGAAACUGCCGGAGGAUUCCAGAGACCGCAGAGAUGCAGAGAAGUCUUUGGACCUAAUAGCGACAGCAGCUGAACACUCAAAUGCAGCCAUCAGGAAAAUGGAGAGGAUGCAUAAACUCCUCAAAGUCUAUGAGCUGUUAGGUGGUGAAGAGGAUAUUGUCAGCCCCACUAAUGAGCUCAUGAAAGAGGGACACAUCCUGAAACUGUCUGCAAAGAAUGGUACCACCCAGGACAGAUACCUCAUUCUGUUCAAUGACCGCCUACUCUAUUGUGUCCCAAAACUGCGUCUGAUUGGUCAGAAGUACAGUGUGCGAGCCAGGAUUGAUGUGGAUGGGAUGGAGCUCAAACACAGCAGCAGCCCUAAUCUGACAAGAACCUUUCUAGUGUCUGGAAAACAACGAUCCCUGGAGCUCCAAGCCAGAACCGAAGAAGAGAAGAAGGAGUGGAUUCAGGCAAUCGAAGCCACCAUGAGUCGUCAUGAGCAGACAGUAGAGCAGUUCAAACUGCUUAAUUCCUCUCAUCGAGAAGAUGAAGAAAAACUCCCCCCAAUUCACCGAACACAGACCUGGGUAAGCGAGCACCAACUCCAAUCAGGGAGAAGGAGGUAACCAUGUGCAUGAAAUGCCAAGAAGCUUUUAACUCUAUAACCAAAAGGAGGCACCACUGCAAAGCCUGUGGCCAUGUGGUUUGUGGAAAAUGUUCAGAAUUUCGUGCUCGGCUGGUCUAUGACAACAACCGAACAAAACCGCGUGUGUAUAGAUUGUUACACUGCCCUACACGGUUCUGUGCUCAGCCCCGCUUACAUCACUCACACACCUCAACGAAGGAAAUCCAUCUUAGAGAAACAAGCGUCGGUAGUAGCAGAGCACAGUAUAUUGUGCAGUUACAUGCAUUACAUGGAAAAGGGAGCGAAGAGCUGGCACAAAGGCUGGUUUGUCAUCCCUCAGAAUGAGCCCUUGGUGCUGUACAUCUAUGGAGCUCCACAGGAUGUGAAGGCUCAGAGGAGUAUCCCUUUAAUCGGAUUUGAGGUCACCCCAACAGAACAGUGUGAACGCUCCGAUCGCAAACACGUCUUCAAGAUCAGCCAAAGCCAGCUCAGCUUCUACUUCAGCCCCGAAACUGAACAACUUCAACGUCGAUGGGUAAAAGUACUGUCCCGAGCUGGACGAGGGGAGGAUUACAAUGCCAAACACUUGCUCCUGGAGACUGAGGAAGAAAAUGAAGGUACUGGAGAGACUCUAGGGGACACUUGA